AACAAAAUUCUAUUUGCCACUGGCUUCGAAGUACGAACUUCGUCUUGGCUAUUAGACCGUUUACCUAUUAUUAAUAAGGAGCGGAUUAAAAAAGGGGAAAAAGCAAGACAAGGUUUAAUUGUUCGUUUUGAUAGGUUCCCGUGAACUUACCAAAUGACGAAAUAGUAUAGUAAAACCUUCUCACUACGGCGGAACACACACUAUAGCACAAGAGUUUAAAAGUUUUAGCGGGAAACGGCUUCCGGUGUUGUACCAGGUGUACCAGGUGUACCCGUGGACCCGUGUCUCUCGAUAAGGAUGGAGACCGAUAAUAAUAAUAAUCCGGGUCGCAGCAGCUCCGGCAAGAGACUUUCGGCUUCUUCUUCUUGGUCUGUGUCUCAAACCCGCACUCGCUCUUCUUCAUCCUUAGCUAGUAGCAUCGCCAGUUCUAUAACUGGUGGGAAAAGCCGACAUGCUGAACCAGUUGGCACUACUGAUGUAUCUGUCGAGCCUGCACGUUUGUCAAUGCCUCUGGCCAGACCAUUAAAGCUACCCCAUCUUCCGUCGUCUCCAUACACUCGACGCGAGUCAUCCAGUUCCGAUAUUUGGAGUCAAGAUUUUCAUCCCUCGGCUGCAGGUGUUGACGAAGUGGCUGUCGAGGAUAUCGAUAACACUCCAAAAUUAGUGCCCGGCCAUUCUUUUCCAGAUACAAGUUCUCCCUACCAUCUGCCAGAUCCUGCCGUUAACCCUCCUUCUUCUUCCUCCGACUACGAAGCAGGGAAGCGAAUUUCUGUCUCUUCCAUCUUUUCCCUAUCUUCGUCCCGUGGCGUUGCAAGUUCUGCUCCGUCCACCAACGGUUCCGACAGUGGUAGUGCUCAACGCCCCACUUCCAUCAUGGCCUCCGGCAAGGGUUUAGGCCCAUCUCCAGGUCAAUCUGAGUCCAGUGUGUCAAAUGUGACAGUCACCACGUCUUCUAACUUGAAUAACCAGAAUCCCGUCAGCGGUCCUCAGCUGACCCCGCGGGACGCUCAUGCCAACCCUUUUGAGCUCGUAAAACGAAGCACUGCACCCCCGUCCAAUCCGGGCCCUCGACCACAGGUGACUCGAUCUCGGAGUAGGGCAAAGCGCCGGUUAAGUGGUAGCACUGCAGCGAGUAGCCACAGUCCCAGUAGUGACCGGGCUCCUCAAUACAAGGAGAAGGAAGAGACUAAACCAGCACCAUGGGGUAUAAUUGGUGUUUGCGCUCUGGAUUCCAAAGCCAGAAGCAAACCAAGCAGGAAUAUUCUUAACAGGUUGAUCGCAAAUCGCGAAUUCGACGUAAUAGUAUUUGGGGAUAAAACAAUCUUAGACGAAGAGGUGGAGAAUUGGCCUAUAUGUGAUUACUUGAUAUCUUUCUACUCGGACGGGUUUCCUUUGGAAAAGGCUAUCGCUUAUGUUAAAGCUCGGAAACCAUUCUGUGUAAAUGAUGUUCCGAUGCAAAAGGUACUUUGGGAUAGAAGACUCUGCCUGCGAAUACUCGACAAAAUAGAUGUACCGACCCCUAAACGUGUCGAGGUAAACCGUGACGGCGGGCCGGGUAUAUUAAACUCGGAUGUUGUAAAACAUAUAAAGGAUGUUACCGGCAUCACCCUCGAGCUGAGUGGGCCAGAAAAUUACCGUGUCCCUCGCAAGGUGGAGUUACUCGACGAUGGGGACAUUCUGAGCGUGGACGGCACUUUACUAAAGAAACCAUUUGUCGAAAAACCAACUAGCGGUGAGGAUCACAACAUCAUCAUCUAUUUUCCAAAGUCAUCUGGCGGAGGCGCCCGCAAGCUCUUCAGGAAAAUCGGCAACAAGAGCUCGGAAUUUAUCAAGGACCUCAUUAUUCCCCGCGCCAUUACCGAGCCGGAAGGCAGCUUUAUAUAUGAGAAAUUCAUGCAAGUGGACAAUGCCGAAGAUGUUAAAGCUUAUACGGUCGGGCCACACUAUUGCCAUGCUGAGACGAGAAAAUCGCCCGUUGUCGACGGAAUUGUCCGGCGCAACACCCACGGCAAAGAAAUCCGUUAUGUUACCGCGUUAUGCCCGGAAGAGAAGGAAAUCGCAAGCAAAAUAGCAAACACGUUCGGUCAACGAGUUUGUGGUUUUGAUUUACUUCGAGCUGGAGGCAAGAGUUAUGUUAUAGAUGUCAAUGGUUGGAGUUUUGUCAAAGACAACGAGACCUAUUACGAUCACUGUGCGAGUAUUUUAAAGGACAUAUUCGUCAGGGAGAAAAUUCGUCGCGGAGGGCCAACGCCACCCCUACCAUCUCCCACUAUAUCCGACAUUGGCGACCCGUUAGCGAAAGCUCUACUAACUAAUAAGGAGAAAGAUUCGCAGACAAGUACAAGGCACCCAAGUCAGACAAAACUCAUAGCAAGUACUACAGGUACACUUUCAUCCGAGGAUAAUGCAGAAAGCAAAGAUGAGCAGAGCGCAGGAGUUCCCGUUCCACCUAAGUCAGAUUCAGGGGCGACGGGCAUCGCAGCAGGAAUACGGAACAGCAUUAUCAGUCCGAUAGUAUACCUUGCUGGCGGGUCUACUUCGAGUAGCGUACCAGCUACAGCCCCGCCAACUCUCCCAGCUACCCCUUCAACGACAGCGGAGAAGAUCGACGAACAGACUGAACAGCCAACGCCGCCUCCGCCUCCGCCCAAACACUCAUGGAAGCUCAAAGGCAUGGUGUCUGUCAUUCGACAUGCCGAUCGCACCCCGAAACAGAAGUACAAGUUCACAUUUCAUACACAGCCAUUCAUUGACCUUCUAAAGGGCCAUCAGGAAGAGGUCCUUCUUAUUGGGGAGCCAGCCUUAGCUAGUGUCCUCGACGCGGUCGAAUUAGCUAUCAAGGCUGGCGAGGAAGAUCGAAAUAAGCUUAGAUCUCUACGCAAUGUCUUAGUAAAGAAAGGAGGAUGGGCAGGUACGAAGGUUCAAAUCAAACCGAUGUUUCGCAAGAAGAAAACGGCCGAGAUGUCGGCUGAAUCAACUCCCAGAGUUACCGAAGGGGUGAAGAUGGAGACCGAGGUUAAGGACAUUUCGCUGAAAGAAAGGCCAGGUAACAGUAAUCAAGACCAAGAUCAAUCUCCAACGAUACAGCCAUCGACGGCCGAAGAUGGUCAGCGCGAACUUGACACGUCGGAAGCGCUUGUAUCUGAUAAUGAACUUCAGCCGAGAAACCCGCCGCGACGCCAAGAUUCAAUGUCAGGGGUAACAAUGUCAAAGUUUACCGCAGCCGACAAUAGCUUUGUUCUCGAUAAGUUGCAGCUCAUCGUCAAGUGGGGAGGCGAACCGACUCACUCGGCCCGAUACCAGGCCCAGGAAUUGGCACAAAAUAUGCGUAACGAUUAUCUCUUGCUAAACCGUGCUAUUUUAGAUCAAGUACACGUCUUCAGCAGUUCAGAAAGGCGAGUCACUGCUAGCGCACAGAUUUGGGCGGCGUCAUUCAUCGAUAAGAACGAUAUUCCUGAAGACUUUAUUACUAUACGCAAGGAUCUGCUCGACGACUCCAAUGCUGCGAAGGAUGAGAUGGACAAGGUCAAGAAAAAGUUGAAGGGGUUAUUGCGCAAGGGAAACGAGCGACCGUCGCAAUUCGCUUGGCCCGAGGGAAUGCCCGAACCCGCCGAAGUACAGACACGAGUUGUACAGCUGAUGAAUUUCCAUCGUCGUGUGAUGCAUUACAAUUACAGCAAAUUGCAAAGUGGCGCCGUCAAUUCACUCAACGCAAUCAAUUCUCCUAACUCGGACAAGACGCACGCAGAAGGAUCUAGCACGUCUAUUGCAUCAUCACUCUCCCAGGCAAAUGCAAUCAACAAUAUCCAGACUCGAUGGUGCUGUGGUGAAGAUGCCGAAUUAUUCCGCGAACGGUGGGAGAAGCUCUUUGCGGAAUUUUGUGAUCACGAGAAGGUCGAUCCUAGUAAAAUCUCGGAAUUGUAUGAUACAAUGAAAUUUGAUGCCCUACACAACCGCCAGUUCCUCGAGUGGGUCUUUACUCCGCCAAAACAUAUGUUAGAAGAGGAAUUUGGUAUUACUAUAAACCGCGAAGGCAAGACGUCGCCUAAGGAGUCCGAAGACGGCGUCAAAACUGCUGAUAACAGGUCUGACAAAAGCCAAGUUCUGAGCUCCUCUCCCGAGGAGAAGGUUGACAAAUUAGAUCGGCUCGACAGGGCGGAAAGGGCCGAUAAGUCAGAGGCGCAGAAAGCUGUUAAGCGCAUUUUCCGACGAAGAUCAUGGAUGAAGCAUCCUCACGAAGUCGACAGGCCCGCCGAGUAUUUUCACUUACCCAAAGGGAAUAAUCAGACUAAAGCGAAGACGGAUGAGUGUUUUGAACCUCUCAGGGAGCUUUAUCAGUUAGCCAAGGUUUUGUUCGAUUUCAUCUGCCCACAAGAAUACGGCAUCUCGGAUAGCGAAAAGCUCGAAAUUGGGCUCCUUACAUCUCUCCCCUUGCUCAAGGAGAUUGUCCAAGAUCUCGAGGAGAUGCAGGCAUCAGACGAUGCCAAAUCAUUCUUUUAUUUCACCAAGGAAUCACACAUCUACACGUUGCUCAAUUGCAUCCUCGAGGGUGGUAUCGAGACGAAGAUUAACCGUAGGACGAUCCCAGAACUUGAUUAUCUCUCGCAGAUCUGCUUUGAGCUAUACGAGUCGGAGACGAAGGGUGCAGUAGAUGCGCCCUCCGCCGAUCAGCCUACGUUCAACUACAGCAUCCGCAUCACGAUCAGCCCCGGCUGUCAUAUUUUUGAUCCGCUGGACAUACAACUGGAUAGUAAACAUUGCAUCGGUUGCGCGCCGCGCAGGAGCCUGACGCCUCACGCGGACUGGAAGAAAGUUAUCGAGACGCUCAGAGAUAAGUUUCAUCAGUAAGUUUCCACAACGUAGCGUUGCCGACGUAAUAGCAACAAGGGAGAGGCGGUCUCCGUUAUCCUUGAUGGGAUUGCUGACUGGCGAUAACCAAUAGGGUCAAACUACCCAAGACGUUCCUUGCGGUAAA